UUCAUUCUGAUCCAGGUGGAAAUCGAGGUUGUGCUGUGAAUGGGGGUUUGUGCAUAAAUAUUACUGAUCAGUUAUAGAUCAGACCCUAGAAACGAUCUGAGCAUGCUACAAUAGCAACACCCGAUACUGUUUUAUAAAAAUGGCAUUUAAAGGACUGACAGAAAAGUUUUCAGAGAGAGCACUGAAAACUCAACUUCCUUCAACCUGCAUGUGCAGGAAACAGUGCAACAACUGCAAAGUCUUCCUCGGAUUCUUCGUGUUGUCCCUCUCUUUGCAUUUGAUUACGCUCUUCUGCUAUCUGGACCUCCGAUCUGAAAUCAAACGCGAAAUAUCGCUGAAAAACAGAGAUGAAUUGCCCACGGUGGGUUCAUCCGGUCUACAUGAACUGUACUCACACGAACUCCAGCCUGUGGACACCAGCUACCUUGCAAUGGACCAAGAGGAGAGACUACUUCUGAUGAACGAAGACAGCCCCACUGAAGAAGACCACAGGGUUAUUCAUCGAGCUAAAAGAAGUCAGGGCAAAAGGCCUGAAUCAGAGUCAAAUGGAAAAAGGAAAGAGAAGAAGAAAGCCAGAAAAGGACAUCCUGGUUCACCUGGCCCUCCAGGACCUCCAGGGCCCCCAGGGCCACAAGGCCCCCCUGGUAUACCUGGAAUACCUGGUAUACCAGGCAGCAAUGCGAUGGGGCCCACAGGGCCGCCUGGGCCCCCUGGUCCUCCAGGGCCUCAGGGCCCCCCUGGACCCCAAGGACCAGCAGGUGUCCUUGAUAAAGCCAAACUGAGAGAACUCCAGCCUGCCAUGGCUCAUUUGCAAGGCCAAGAAACAACUAUACAAGUCAAGGAAGAUCUUUCAGAAGGCGUCCUCAAAAACUGGAAAAUGAUUUCCGUACACCACAAGGUGUUCAAGAUGCACUCGCGCUCGGGGGAGCUGGAGGUGCUGGUGGACGGCACCUACUUCAUCUAUAGUCAGGUAGAAGUUUACUACCUCAACUUCACUGACAUCGCCAGCUACGAGGUGAUGGUGGACAAAACGCCCUUUCUACGCUGCACGCGCAGCAUUGAGACAGGCCAGCGCAAGUUCAAUACCUGCUACACCGGCGCCGUGUGCCUGCUCCGCGCCCACCAGAGGAUCUCCAUCAAGAUGGUGUAUGAGGACACCUCCAUCAGCAUGACCAACCACACCACCUUCCUGGGGAGUAUACGGCUAGGCGACGCCCCGCUUCCUGGCCACUCCUAAAUCCCAUCCACGCUGUUGCCCCCACUCCUGAGUCACGCUCGCGCUACUUCCUUCCCCUCUUAGCCUCUCCUGUGACCCAUUCGCACUAUCGCCCUGCCUCCUGAAUAUCCUCCAUUUACUUCAUGACAGUAUGUGGUCCUAGGGUUUCUUCUUCCUUAUGUGGGUGGGGAUUAUUGGUCCAUACUGUAGAAUUUAGGCAUGGUUUUCAAGUCGUUUCCAUCCCAGAAUCAAGAUGUUUUAUUGCAGAUGCAAGAUUUAUGAAACUGUCCUGUACUGCAAUUUUGUUUGUGUAUGGUGUGACCAGAGCCACCAACCAGAAGUUUUGAACUGUUGGGGGCACUUCUGUGGAAUGUUUUAUUAUGAAGAAAAGGCUGACUCUCAUGUUUUAAAGCUAGAUUGUAACAGACUAAAUGAAAAGAGUGUUUGGGAGAAAAGGGUCUAUUGAAUUUAAUGUCUCGUUUAUAAGGUAACAGUACCACAAAUCUCACCUGGUAUCUGUUCCAUACAGAAUCUCAGUUUUAGACCCACUGCAAACUGACCAAGACUGCAAGCAGUAGCUUGACCCAUCAUCUAAGUAUGGUUGAGAGGAUAUCGAUGUCAGACAUUUCUUGAUUUGAUCCUGUUCCUUUAACUGGCUCUACGAUGUCAUGGAUGCAUGAAUCAAUACUAAUCGAGUCAAUCCAGUACUGAAGGAGAAUGGAUAGUGUUUGAAUUCAUAAGGCUUGUGUAACACUCGAUGUUAGCCCAUUUUUGACAGAUUAUAGUGUUCCUUUGGUUGUAGGCAUUUUAGAUGUAUAUUUGUUCAUCACUGAAGAAAUGUCAUUUUUUGCUGCCUGUUGUGAAUGAUACGCAUUUUAUUUUUCAAAAACACGUAUAUAAUUUGUAUCUGAUGUUUAUGACAAUAUGUAUGGUAUAGUCAAUACAUGUAUAUCACUUGUUGAAGUGAUUUUUAAAAAUGGCUUCCAGAUUGCCCAGCAGUAUUCACAAGUAUGUUUGUCAGUCUCAUAAAUGGUGAGCCUUGUGAUAUAGUUUGUAAUAAUGAGGUUUCCCCUGGGUUCACAUGCAGAACAAAUUCCAAAUUUCAGUUUGAAAGGAACAAUAAAGGAAUACAAUGAUGUAAGAAUAAUAAGCAUAGUUUAUUUUUUUACUUUU